AAAAUAAGGUUUUAACGAAUGUGUCAAUAAACAUUGAAUCAAAUGACGAAAAGGUGUUUAAAAUGUUGAAAUUAAUAACAUUUCGUCCGUUAAAUGGACAUUUGGAGAGAAUUCGUUUGUGUACUUAUAAAAAUGUUUGUUCAGUGCCAUCCAUAUUUCUCACCAGCAAUUCUGAGAAGCAGUCGUCACAGAAUACCUGGUGUCAGUACCUAGUAUCAGAUGUGAACCAGCUACACAACGCUUUGAGCACUUCGACAAAAAUUCGUUUGCCCUCACUAAAUGACAUCCACGCCGAAAAUGUGCAAGAUUUAUUCAAUACCAACGAAAUAUUAGAUAGUGAUGUUCAAUCAAUCGUAAAUUAUGUGAUAUUGGCUUCAAAAUGUGGUGUUUCAUGUUCAUUUGAAACUGAUGAAUGCAAUUCGUUUUUGAAUCGCUUGAGCCGUAAUGUUGAACAAAUGUCGCCCGAUGAUGCAGUAUCAGCGCUAAUCGCAUUAAAUCUAUUGAUCGUUCCACUGCACCAUCCAGUCAAUCGAGACCUCACAAUAAAAAUAAUUCACAUGCUUAAAGAUUUGAAGGAGUUUCCAUUGAUACCAUUAACCAAUUUGGCAAUCUAUGCUCAUGAAAAUCAAGAUAAAGUGUACCCACAUUACCUAUGUGCUCAAGCCAAUUCACAUGUUCUUGAACAUUUAAGCAAAUGUGAAAACUUUCAGGAUUUCCAUUAUGUAACAUUGUGCUUUAAAAGUUUGUCAACUUUAUGUACAAAAGAAUUCUUGAGCAUACACAAGGAGAAAAUGAAAAUUUUCUUAGAAGAUCGAUCUUUUGAUACCAAAGCUAAUCUGCGUGGAUUAUUCGAGGUUUUAAAUUUUUACAAUUUGUAUAGAGGCAAAAGGCAUCAAAGGCUUAUAAGGAAUAUGUUGUUAAUGAUGGCACCCGAAAUACCAAAUUUAUCCAAUUCGGAACUUUGUAAUUUCGCCUUGUAUCGAGACAGUGUCAAUGAACCGGCAUCAUUGAUUAAAAAAAUUGUUGAAACAGCCGAAUCACGGCCGACCAAGUCAACUGAUCUUAAUCUGAUUUACUGUCGAUUAGCUAGAAAAACGCCUGAGAAUUUGGAAAAUAUUUCAAAAGAUUUGGAAAAAAUAAUCGAAAAUUUAGAUUCAAAGGACAUUAUAAAAAAUAAAAUACUCUUUUGGGUUCUUCAGAAAAAGCAAGACAAUAGCAUGCGAAAUAAUUUUCGAAUGUAUUGGAGUAAAUGUGCCGAAGAUUUAAGCCGAAUCAACAAUCAAGGUUUACAGAUAGACUCAAUUUUAUGCGAACUCUCAUUUCGAUAUUGUCUAGUACAAAAAAGGACAAAUCAUCGAUUUCGAUGUAGAACGUUUGAAUCGUUGCUGAGAGAAUUGACACUAAUUGAAAUCAAACACGGUGUAACACAAUGGAAGCCAAGCCAUUUAGCCUCAUUAUCCACAUUCAUAAUUGCAUAUGCAAAUGAUCCUUCGCUUGAUCGUAUAUGCCUUUAUAUUUUGUGAAAAAAAUUGAAGAAAUGGGACCACAAUUAUCUGUUCCUGACAUCAUGGACAUUUCGAUGGGUAUCGAAUUUUUUCAUCAAAAUAAAAUCACACAGAAUAUGGACCGAAGAACUAAAGCAGAUAUAGCCGAACGAAUCAAUCGAUUAAAACGUGUUGUUGAUAAACAAAUUGAACGAAUGGUCGAUGAACAAAAAAAUUUACAAAUUGACAGUACUUCUUACCUCAUAAGGGCGUAUGCCUACCAAAAAGGUUUUAAAGACACACACAUCCUCGAAAAAUUAACGCAAAAGCUCGAAGACAUUUGCUCCGCUGACGAUGUUAUUAUCAACGCCCGUACCAUUUCACGUAUAACAAGCAGUUUAAGUAGGAUAGUGUAUAUUGUGCCAAAAUUGUGUGAGCGGAUGCUUCAAUUUGUUAAUGAAAAUAUGGAUAUUGUUGAUGGAGAAAUUAUAUCGUUCUUAUUAUACUAUUUGUUUUCAAUGGGAUAUGAGCCAAACAAUGAUUUUAGUCGGGGUCUAUUGAAUGGUGGCGAUAGCAAAGAACGAAAAACAACACUUCUAGAUGCCGAGCUAUUCGAUUUCGAAAAUUUCAUUCGAAUCAUUGAACGUGAUUUUGAAUUCAUGCCGGCUUGGAUGAUUGUUCAAGCAUGCUUGGCAUUAAGUUACUAUCAAGUUCU